GGCCAUUAUGACUUAUGACUAGUAUGAGGGAGGAAUAAAGAAAUAAUUCAAAAGACAACUACAAGAUUGUUCAAGUAUAUAGUGAUGUUGAGAACUUGAUAUAGACGCACAGCUAAACGACAUGGAUGCAGAGCUAAACGAAAUGAAUGUAGAGCUAAACAACAUGAAUGUAGGGUGGCUACUGGAGUCAAAACUACGCCAAGCUGAAAAAGAUGGAAAUAUAGGACAAGUAGUUGAAACAUUAUCAUUACAAGAUAAAAACCAAGCUUUACUUAUAGCUGCUAAAUCCCGGUUGUAUGAAGUUGUUAUACAUCUUGUAGACCAUGGUAUUGGUGUACAUUAUGUUGAUAGUCGCCAGAACAAUAUGCUACACGUACUUUUACAUAACUGUAAGAAAUAUGACUAUACCAAUAACUAUUAUUUGCGUGUACAAUGUGUAUUUAAAUUAGUUGAUGUUGGUGUAGACAUCAACCAGUUGAAUGAAGAUAAAGAUACACCUUUACUUAUAGCUGCUAAAAAAGGGUUGUAUGAAGUUGUUAUAUAUAUGUUAGAACAUGGCAUUGAUGUACAUUAUGUUGAUAGCCGUCAGAACAACCUGCUGUACACGCUUAUUUAUAACUAUAGAUGUGGAUCUGGCAAUUUGUUACAAUGUGUGGUUAAAUUAGUUGAUGCUGGUGUAGACGUCAACCAGUUGAAUGAAGAUAAAGAUACACCUUUACUUAUAGCUGCUAAAAAAGGGUUGUAUGAAGUUGUAAUAUAUCUGUUAGAACACGGAUUUGAUUUACAUUAUGUUGACAGUCGUCAGAACAACCUGAUGCACAUACUUUUAUAUAGCUAUGCUAGUGAUGACAAUGUAGGUAGACGUAAUUUAUUAUUAAAAUGUGUUGUUAAAUUAGUUGGUGCUGGUGUAGACGUCAACCACUUGAAUGAUGAUAAAAUGACACCCUUACUUAUAGCUGCUAGAAACGGGAUGUGUGAAGUUUUGAUGUAUCUGUUAGAACAUGGAGUAGAUAUACAUUAUGUUAAUAGUCAUCAAGAAAACGCGAUACACCUACUUGUAUAUGGCUAUUAUGGAUUUAACAAAUCAGAUACACUUGAUUUGUUAUUACAAUGUGUGAGUAAAUUAGUUGAUGCUGGUGUAGACGUCAACCAGUUGAAUAAAAAUAAAGAGACACCUACAAUUAUAGCUGCUGACAGCGAGUUGUAUGAAGUUGUGAUAUAUCUGUUAGAACACGGAGCAGAUGUACGUUGUGUUAAUGUUCUUCAGAACAACCUGCUACACAUGCUUUUAAAUAAGUAUAGAUAUAACAGAUAUGACAAUACAGGUAGACAUGCUUUAUUAUUACCAUGUGUACUUAAAUCAGUUGAUGCUGGUGUAGACGUCAACCAGUUGAAUGAACAUAAAGAUACACCUAUAUCUAUAGCUGCUAGAGAAGGAUUGUAUGAAGUUGUGAUGCGUAUGUUAAAACACGGAGUAGAUGUAGGUUAUGUUGAUAGUUGUCAGAACAACCUGAUGUACAUACUUUUAGACAAAUAUCGCAACCAGUGUAAUCAUAACAAUACAGGUAGAAGUGAUUUGCUAUUACAAUGUGUAUUUAAGUUAAUUGAUGCUGGUGUAGACGUCAAUCAGUUGAAUAGAUAUAAAGAUACACCUUUACUUUUAGCUGCUAGAAAAGGGCUGUUUGAAGUUGUGAUGUAUCUGUCAAAGCAUGAUAUCAAUAAUCAUUGUGUUGAUAGAUGCCAGAACAACCUGAUACACAUACUUUUAGAUAGCUAUGACAGAGAUGACAACACAAGUAUACCCGAUUUGCUACAAUGUAUAGUUAGUUUAGUUGAUGCUGGUGUAGACGUUAACCAAGGGAAUGAGCUAAAACCUAUAUUUAUUGCUGCCAGCAAAGGGUUGUAUGAAAUUGUAAUGUAUAUGUUAGACCACGGAGUAGAUGUAAAUUGUGUUGAUAGUCAUCGGAACAACCUGCUAAAUAUACUUUUACAAUACUAUAACAGUUAUAUCAAUAACGAUAUACGGGAUUUGAUUCCACAAUGUGUUUAUAAAAUUGUUAAUGAUAAUGUAGACUAUGUUAAUAAUCGUCAGAACAUCCCGCUGUACAUAUGUUUAGAUAACUUUAACCGUGAUGACAACGAAGGUAGGCGUGAUUUACUAUUACAAUGUGUAGCCAAAUUAGCUGAUGCCGGUGUAGAAGCCAACCAGGCGAAUAAAGAUAAAGUUACACCUAUAUUUAUAGCUGCUAGGUCAGGAUUGUAUGAAAUUGCAAUGUAUAUGUUAGAACACGGAGUAGAUGUACAUUAUGUUGAUCAAUAUAAAUGGAACAUUCUUCACUAUGUUGUAGGCUGUAUUAAUCCCUUUUCGAUAGUUUAUGCCUUUUGCUAUGAUAAAUUUGAAGAAAAAUAUAUACAGCUAGCUAAUAAUGUAAUAAACACAGGUUUAGACACAAACCAACCUGACUAUAAAGGUAAAACCCCGUUGUUCCAUGUCGGUAUAUACAAGGAUUGUAAAUACACCCACCCCUCCAAUGCGAAUAAGGCAUAUAGCAUACUAUUGACACUUAAGACAGGACAGGAUAUCUACGUUCGAUUGAAAUGUAAAUUGAUUAAUAUGUUGUUAAAAGCUGGUUGUAAUGUGAACCAUCAAAACACUGACAGGCAAACAGCUUUAAUGUACCAUAUAAUAUGUCAAUCUGAUAUCAGUAUAAUAAAACUGUUGAUUUCACAUUCUAAUCUAAGUUUAACUGAUCAUACAGGUGAUACAGCAUUAAGUUAUUGUGUUAAAUAUCACCUGAUAAAUUCUAAAGCCGUCUUUAAACUUUUAGUAGAUUCAGGUUCAGAUCUAAUGUCACGUAACAACGGAGUUAAGUUAUUCCAUGAUAUUUUAAAAUGCAAGAGGUUGGAGGUGUUCAGUUAUUACAUUCGGCAGAAGUUGAUUACUCAUGGUGUUACAGCUGAAGGAGAAAAUAUGCUUCACCUUUUAGCCAAAUAA